AAGCUUACUGAAAUGAAUAUUGACAAAAUAUAAAGCUUCGGUCACGAUAUAUAAUGUUUGCACAAGAUUCGGUAGGCAGGAUUAAGAAGGCGUUAACAAGGUCGACUUAAAGUAGACAUUCUUCAGAUCAUUUACAAAAGGUGCAUAUCACAAGUCACAGUAACUGACAGGGUCCAGAGCUGAGAAUGAACGAUAAAGAGCUGCAAGCGUUUCAAGAGUCCUGUCUCCGUGCACACAAUGCCUACAGAAGUGACCACGGGUGUCCGGAGUUGACCUGGUCAGUUGACCUGGCCAAACAAGCACAGGAGUGGGCGGACAGGGUGGCAGAGAAAAAAUAUCUCCAGUACAGCGAAAACCCGAAUGUGGGGGAAAGCAUAUUUUUGGUGGAUUCUGAGGACCAGCUGACUGGAGAGGCUGUAACAGAACACUGGUACGCAGAAGGAUACGGAUAUGAUUACAAAAACCCGAGGUGGAGAAAAGAUAGCAAGCGGUUCAGUCAGUUAAUAUGGCGGAACAGUCACGAGGUUGGAGUGGGCGUGGCACAUAUUCCGGGAACAGGAAAACACGUGGUGGUGGCUAACUACAAGCCUCCUGGCAACGGAAACUUUCCCGGAGAAUAUAGGAAAAAUGUUCCGCCGCCGCUACAUGCUAAGGAUAUUCCCAUUGAAGACUGAAAUAUUGGAUGUGUUAUCCUUUUGUUGGGAAUUUCUCAUAAUGCAGUGAGCAUGAAAACACU